AUGGAUUCUAAUGUUAUUAAAACACGUAAGAAUGUUACCAGUAACUCGACUAUUUCUUUUGCCGAUGCUAUUGAUAUGACAACGAAACGCGUCACAACAAUGCAUGAAAAAUUAGUUGCUUUUACAAAUAGUGUUAAUGAUAAUGAAAAUAUUGAUGAACAAGUAAAAAAAUUUAUAGAAUUACAUAAAAAUUACAAGCAAAUUAGACGAUUAUGUUUACUUAUAAAUAAAAGUAGUAGUGUAGCUGAGGAACAGGAGAAAUUGAUAAAUGAUCUUCAAAGGCGAUUAGAUCUUAAAAGAGAUCUCCUGGAAAGGUUAAAUGAAAUUCCAAAUAAGUUGAAACAAGUAACUCCAGGUGAAAAUGUUAUUAUUCCAGAAAGGAAAACAUUUACAAUUGAAUCAGAUGAUCAUCCAUUUAUAGAGAAAAAUGAUAAAUUAAUACUAGGUUCUGAAUUAGAACAAAAAAAAGAAAAAGUUAUGCAAAAACUUUUAAAACUUCGAAAAAAUGAAGAAUUGGUUGAAGGAAGUGGAGCACCACAGAGUCUUCAGGGACAAUCUUCAACUACUAAUCUAAGGGAUCUCUUAAGUAACAAUUUAAAAUAA